CCUCACUCCUCAGCUACAGCACCACACCCGUAGGGAAUCCGCUUAUCCCGACGUCUAAUUAUACGGCAUCGAGAAUAUCUAUAUUACAGUGUUAGAAACAACUUGCCGGCUUCCGGAUUUGAAACAGAAGGGUUCGCUCAAGUCAAGCUUGAUACGCCGUCACUCUCUAACCAAGCCAAAAGUGACCUCAAUCCUUUCCGCGCAAUCUUCGUUGCAUUUGUUUUCUGUUCAGUUUAGCCCAGGAAAAGUCAAAUUGCAGCAUAUAUACCAAGAUGUCAGGUCUCGAUGUUGAGGCUCUCCUCGAGUCCACAGCCGCUCCGCCAUCUCAAGACCCUCCCCGUUCCCAGGACCGCGAUGACCGCUCCUCCUCGAAAACUGACAGCAAUGACCGCCGGGACCGCGAUCGGUCACAAGAGAAGGACCGCAAGCGCAGGGACCGCAGCCGUGAUCGACGUCGCUCGCGAGACAUCGAUGGAGAUGAAGACAUGAAGAGCCCGAGAAGCGAACAUGGCAGUGCUAACGGAAGCCAUAGAAGCAGAAAGAGGAGCAGGAGUCGUGAUAGCGAACGCCGUCGGUCUCGUCGUGACCGCUACGGUGACGACUACCGUUCUGGUGGCGACUUCUACCGUGGUGGUGGACGGGCUCGCACUCGCUCUCGGUCGCCUUACGAUGAUCGCUAUUACCGCCCCUCGGGCCGCUCCCGUCGCGAUGAGCGAGAUGAAGAAAGACGCACUCGCCGUGACCGCAAACGAAGCCCGAGCCCGAGAAGCCGCGAGAGGACGCCGGAACCUACUGAGGAUGAGCGUGACAGGCGUACCAUUUUCGUUCAGCAGCUUGCUGCGCGGUUGAGAACUAAGGAGCUGAUUGCGUUCUUUGAGAAAGUCGGACCUGUCAAGGAAGCCCAGAUCGUUAAGGAUCGUGUCAGUGGGCGGUCUAAAGGUGUCGGUUAUGUCGAGUUCAAAAGCGAAGACGCCGUUGCGCCCGCUAUCCAGCUUACCGGACAGAAACUUCUAGGAAUUCCCAUUAUCGCGCAAUUGACUGAAGCGGAAAAGAACCGUCAGGCCCGCAAUCCUGAGGCCAGCAGUGGCAACAAUCACGCUGCUCCAUUUCACAGGUUGUACGUGGGUAACAUUCAUUUCAGCAUCACUGAAAGUGACCUCCAGAACGUCUUUGAGCCUUUUGGCGAACUCGAAUUUGUCCAGCUGCAAAAGGACGAGACUGGUCGCAGCAGGGGUUAUGGGUUCGUGCAGUUCCGUGAUCCUAACCAGGCUCGUGAGGCAUUGGAAAAGAUGAAUGGAUUUGACCUUGCUGGUCGAGCAAUCCGCGUUGGCCUUGGCAACGAUAAGUUCACUCCUGACUCGAACGCACAACGCAUGCAGAGCCAAGGUGCAAACCAACAUAACUUCCAGGGCUCUCUUUUCUCGGGUCACGGAGGACGUGGUGUUCAAGCCGGCGGUACCAGCAACUUCGACCGCGCUGGUGGCCGUGACUCCGAAAAGGGGGCCGGUGCUAGUGCAUUGGACGAUACGGAUGUUGCCGGUGUAAAUUUCAACAACUACAGUAGGGAUGCAUUGAUGCGCAAGCUUGCAAGAACAGAUGAACCAGCCGAGCCUGCUGCCGACGACCAGCAAAAGGUGCUCCGUCCCAAGACUGAGGCCAAGCCUCUGCCUGUUAACGUCAACAUGGCAAGUCGGUGUGUCAUGCUCCGCAACAUGUUCGACCCCAACGAGGAGGAGGGCGAAGCUUGGAUUAAGGAGCUGGAGGAUGACGUUCGCGCUGAGUGCGAAGACAAAUAUGGCCAUGUUGUUCACAUUGCACUAGAUCCCAACUCGCAAGGCGAUAUCUACCUGAAGUUCGACCGCGUCCAGGGUGGCGAGAACGCUAUCAAGGGCCUGAACGGGCGUUUCUUCGGUGGUCGACAGAUCACCGCCCAGCCCGUCGUCGACGCUGUCUACAGCAGUCUGUUCUCCCGAACCAAAGCGAUCUGAAGUAUAUGACAUCGGCCUGCGCCUACCAUGACCACAUACGGGUAGGUAUUACAUCUAAUUUGUCUCUCUUACCAGGUGCAAUCUGUGACGGCCGGACCACACUUUGGCCUUUGAACUGUUGAGCGGUUGCUUCGGCAUGGUGCUUGGCUUGGAUGACACUGCCCCUGGUAGGUGCCAGUCUUCUUGACAUCUUACCCUUUAUGGUUGUCUAUCAGGCCGAGAGGCUCGUGGAAUGAUCUUGUCUAUAG